AUGGCCGCCCUUGUACAAGGCUACCCCCAGCAGUCGGGAACGGUCACAGUGCUCCAGGCCCGGCCAUCAUCGGCCUCGGGAAUGCUCCAGUCGCUCCCUGUCCAAUCGGCAACACCAUACGUACCUGGAGGCUCUCACAGGAAUAGUGUUCACGGUUUACCUUCCACAGUCACCGCGCCUGUGGUGUACCGUGGCGGCUCCGGCGCCGUCCAACAAUAUGCCCUCAGGAGCAUGCCCAGCCUUAACCCGGCGGCACCUUGGCAACAAUCCAGGGCGCAGCGAACGUCGUCGUCACCGGCAGUCCCCACCAUCCAGACCCUUGAUUACUUACAGCCCGCCGCUUCCCGUUCUCGAUACUCGGCGAGUGUUUCUAUGACCAACCUCCCCAGCACUGCGAAUCAGGGGCUGCAGACGACUAUCGCUACCCGUGACGAUCUCGGGUUACCGGUACCUGGCGCUAGGAGAGCCGCAACGGCGCCCAGGCCUUCGCAGACGAACAAUGGGGCAUCACUCGCACCGGCGGCCCCCAUUCGGGCGGCGCCCGAGCGGUAUAGGCGGUCGGCUGCUCUGCGUGCGGAUUCGACAGGCGCGGCAACCGGUGCUCAAUUACGCCCUUCGCACUCAGCCAUGCUGAAUAGGCCGAAUAGUUUUGUUGGGUCAAUGCCCGAGUCGGCGGUUGACGACACGGUAUUUUCUCAAAACCAGCCCCACGGCGAAAUCAAAAGGGUUCGCAGACGCAGCAUGCCGGCGCUGGAUUCUCCCGGUUUCCCCAUCCACCUAACCCCGCACGACCUGAAGCAGCCGGCAGAAUCGAAUCGCCCUAAGACUGCUGAUUUGGAGGGCAAGGCUGGCAAAACUGGGAAUAACCAAACCACCGACAAAACCAGCAAUGAUGGGCAGGCUGGGAGCAGCCGAAGUGCUGGGGCAAAUGUGAACCCCUCUUCGUCCGCCAACCGCAACGGCUCUGACCCCACUGGCGACCCCACCAUGCCGACUUCCUUGGACCAGGCUGGUGCCAACCAAGAUUCUUCUCGCACCGUCAACGUCCCCCCGCGGAGUUCGUCGGCCGAUGCCUCGAACGCCAAACGCACCGCAACCUCGUCGCCGCUUUCAAAACCCGUGACCAUGGGCACGGCGGGCGAGAGCGGCCAGCCUGCGGAUGUUACCGACUCGGCUGCCCAGGAAGCGGUGUCUCCGCCUCGUUUCGAGAGCCCCGCUGUCAGGCAAUUGACAGCGAUCAACGAACAGCGUGGCAGGCCCAAGAGCAAGACAUCACGACUCCGGCGGGCUUUCUCAUUCGGUAGCGCUGCCGAGUUUAGGAAGGCGGCAAAUGACAGCGAGGAGAAUGGAGCCGGUAAACUCCACAAGGACCAAAACCAGGACGACGCCUACGAUGCGGAGCAGGCGCGGAUCGCCGAGCGACAAGAGGCGGCCGGGAUCGGGAGCAACAUCUACGCCGGUGGGAGGUUUUUCCAUGGAUCGACAGACAACCUGUCCAUCUCAUCUACGGCAUCCUCGGCUUCGAUUAUGAUUCGGAAGAUGGGCCGUGGCAUGAAGAAGAGCACCCGGUCGCUUGUCGGGCUCUUUCGACCUAAGUCGAUCGUUGGGGCGCCGGCGGCGGAUGCGUUGCCGGAGACCAGCCAGCCCGCCGUGUCCAUGAUCACGGCCGAGGCGGAACGAGAACUAGUCAACGUGAGCGCUGAUCCCAAGGCACAAGGGGGUGGCACUGGGUUUCCCCGUUUAGAGCGGAAUUCGAUUGACGCGGCAAAGGUGCCAACGCUGGAGCCGGAACGUUUGGGGAGCUCGGGGACCGAUAGCACGGGGGCGAGGAAAAGUAUCGUCGGCGGCGAGAAGGAGCGGGCCGAGGUAUUGGCUGCUGUCCGCAAGGGAAUAUUGAAGCACCGCACCGGCUCUUCAAGCCCAUCUCCCCGGCCAUCGGAGACUAAGGGCUCUGCUUUUGACUUGCCCAGUGUCCCCUCGGUCACAGAUUCUCCCAACUCCAGCGCACCCAGCACCCCCAACGAGGACUCGCACGGUCACAGACGGACUGGAACCGUAACGAUCGGAAGCGAGGAUUACUUUGUCUCGGCUCUCCGGCUCCGCCAGGACACCAAGAGCGCGCCCGGUACUCCCCAGAGCGCCAAGCGCAACGCGACGUUCAGCCCGCGGAUCGUUUUCUUCGAGACGUGGCCGAGCCAGGAGUAUGACCGCCGCGGCGAGAUUGCUACGUGCAACCGCCUGACGCCGAUGCUGGCUCAGCAGAUCAAGGAGGAGCUGAACACCUUCAAGAUGGAAAUGGAGGUCCACGAGAACUCGAAGAUUUACACGCACUUUUUCUGA